UUUCGGCUCAAGCUCUUCUGCUUGAUAGUUGUAGUACCUGGUCAGGUUCGAAGCGAGGUGCUGCUUUGACCAGGGCGGUACUCAGGCCAUGCCGCCAGCCACGUACCGGAUAGAAGGAGGCGACGUACCCGUCGGGGUUCUCACGCUCGACGAUGGGAAAAUGAACUCAAUCGGCUUCGAAAUGAUCCGAGUCCUCCACGAGGCCUUGGACCAGGCCGAGGCGGACGAGGCCAAGGCGCUGGUCAUCACGGGGACUGGGAAGGCUCUCUCUGCGGGGUUCGACCUCAGCGUGAUGGGCGCAUUUCUGGGUAAGGGCGGUGACCUGGCCUUGGUCCCGAAGCUGGUGGAGGAGGGCGGGAUGCUGCUAAUGCGGGUCUUCUGCUUCCCGAAGCCGGUCGUGUCGGUGGCCUCGGGGCACUCCCUAGCCUUCGGGGCCAUGCUGCUACUGGCCGCCGACUUCCGCGUCGGCCGCCGCGGCUCCAAGGCCAAGUUCGGCCUGAAUGAGACCGCCAUCGGCCUCGAGAUCCUGAGUUCGGCUGGCGCCUCGCACAGUACCGGCUCCACCCCACCCACCUCACGGUCUCGAUAACCCAGGCCGCCAUCUACGGCGCUGAGGAGGCCGUGGCCGUCGGGUACCUCGACGCCCUGGCCGACGUCGACCCGCUCGCCGUGGGCCUCGCCAAGGCGCGGCAGCUGGGGGGCUACGUGAAGCAGCCCGCGUUCGCCAGAAUGAAGGUCAAGGAGAGCGGAAGGGCCUGGUCGACCCGAUUAUAGCGGGCAUGAGGGCGGACAUAGCCGUGUUGUUCGGGGCGCCGAGCGCCUCGAAGUUGUGAGCGGGCAGCAUUGGCUGCUGCGCGGAACGAUGGCCGAUUUUUGUUACCUAACAGCGAAGACUGAUAGGUUUCUAGUGGUGUCAAAAGAGAGCAUCAGAUGACUCCACAGGGGGGUCUGGGCAGGUGUUGGGAGUUGCCGGCCUCCCGCCGGAUGUAUGCCAAUGCUUCGGGUUGAAUGAACAGAGGGAUCGGCAGGUAGGGCGAUAGGCCCGGCGUCGCGACCCCGACCUUCUCUUCGAUGAAGAUUCGGCUUCCCUGCCGCCCUCCG